AUGGGCCGCAGGCCAAACCCUCUUGUCGCGGAGUACUUUGAGCGCGGCUCUAAGAUCGGAGACGCGUCGAACCGCUAUGCCCACACCUGCAAGAAGUGCGGCGAGCAUUUCGCAAAGGGGCGCCUGGAGGGGCUCACGACCCAUCUGACCAAGAAAUGUCCUUCUAUCUCGCACCUUGAGAGGACCCGAAUCGUCAUGCGCAUGCACGACCUGACCGACCUCGGCCUCGAGCCGAGCAAGAACACUUCAAGAGGCGGCCCACAAGAAGAUCUGGUCAGUCCAGCCAGCCAGAAAACCUCGCAAGAGGUUCAGAAUUUCAACGGCCUCAACGUGUUGGCCGAAGCGUCCCGUCGAGUGGGCGGAAACGCCCAAAACAACUCUGGCUAUACCCCGGCGAACCAGGCUCAUGCUGAGGUGGAACCACCCCGGAUGCCCCUUGACCCACAACUCGAUGCUGAGCAGUUUGCUGAUCACCUCUUGAAUGAAGACGGUAUGGGCGCCAGCAACAAUGCCUUCCCCACGGCCACUGCAUCGGGCCUACCAGCAGAGUACUCCUUUGUGCACAGUGGUGCACCGGUCACGCAAGAUGAGCUUACUAUCAUGCCCGUGGCGAGCACCCAUCCUCCAGAUCUCAGCAGCAUUGCUGCCACUGCAAAUGAGACCCUUGCCAGCCAGAUGGUCGACAACGACAUCAACAUGACGCAGGAUGAAGUGUCAAAUGCAAUUCUGAACAGUCUUCAGGACCACAGUCUUGUACAAGGUCAAUCACAACUGAUGUGGCCGACGAUCAUGCCAGGCACACAAUCUGCGGAUACACCAAAUACUGUUGAGCAGCCAAUCAAUCCGUUCCUACAACCUCCAGCUGCAACCGGAGCUCGCAUGCUCCUCCCAGCAAUCCCUCUGAAUGCUAAUACUGAUGCUCGACCAACCCAUUUUGUCGCCGAGUCUGGCACGCCGGCAAAAUCCCAGAAGCCCAAGGUCAGGGGCAGAUUUGAUGAAGAACGUCGCAAAGAGGUUCGUGAGCUACGUAAGCUCGGGGCUUGUAUGCGCUGCCGCAUGCUCAAGAAAGUGUGUUCUCAGGAGACGCCGUGUCAGACCUGCUCCGCUGUCGAGUCGCCUCGGGUUUGGAAGCAUUCCUGUGUUCGCACAAAGCUUGCCGAUUCAUUCCCGCUGUAUUCUGUUUUGCCGUAUGGCGUUUUCGCCCACAAUGAACUCAGCAAACUGAAGGCUUGGUCGGCUCUCGAAAACCUAGACGCUCGGCUUCUCGCGUGGUACCUACCAGAGCAGAAGCUCCAAAUCAAGGCGCAGAAGAGCAAAGUCAAGCGCAAUAAGGCUGCAGAGUCCCCUGCCAGUGCAAAUGGUCAAGAUGUUUUCGUCAUCAACACAGACGACCAGCUUAGUGUCAAGGUGGAACAGUUUCUACAGGAGAUCCGUGUACCGCUGGUGAAUCGAGAGAGAUCAGAAGUGAUCCGGGCGACUUUGACACUGGCUCAAGCCAUGCAGGACGACCAACUGCGAAACAGACCGACGGAAAAGAACGAUAACCUCCUACCAGAUGUCAUUGAGCUCUGGACAGCCACGGUCCUUCUCACCGACAGAGACAUCGGGCCACACUUUAUGCUGGAAGACAACACGACCCACGAGAUCCUGACGAUCGACGGCGAACACUACCAACACACUCGCACUAUCAUGACUCUCCAGCUCCAAUCCACUGUUGAAAAGCGCGCAAGCAAACUCGGGCGCGCCGUCAUGAACCACCUGGAGCAACGCGUACUCGAACGUAAGCGUUACCAGAACGUCGAGACCGUCCUUGUCGCAUUCAUUCUGCUCAACUGUGCAGAGCGUAUGUGCUGGCUCUACCGCUUGUGGGCGGAAGACCGCGAGACUACGAAACCGGGUGCAUGGCCUCUCCACCACCCAGCGGGCGACUAUGCCAGCAAGGGCGAAGGCUUUGCGGAAGUCAUCCGGCUCCUUCUCAGCCUCAGGCAGAUGGAGCCUGUUGUCACGGUGGACCCGGGUUCUGGAUUCGUCAUUCCUCGUGACCCAAAGGACACCGCUCUUGCGAUGUGGUUGUCCAAUGUUGGUCUUACGAGAGACUGGCUGGUGCAGAGCGAAGCCGCCAUCUUUGAUCCCGCCGAUUCCAGAUCCACGGAGGGGGCCCUGUGCGCUCGUCUCUUCCAAACUUAG